CAUGUCGAAAUGUUUUCUUGCUGGGUGUAUUUGACGGUUCAUUUUUGUUAUUCAUCACUCACUCAUCAGGUCAGAAACAAAAGGUUCAUAUAAUGUAGGCUUGCGAUUCACACAUGGGAAAAUGAUUUUUGCAGGGGCCAGGACAGGAUAUUUGUAUCUCUGCAUGGUUGUAAGAAUCAUCUUUAGAAAAUGAAUAAGAAAAGGAAAAAGAAAAAAAAGCAGCACAUUGCUUCAUGCUUUGGCAAAGAGGAAAAGGGCAGCAUGAAGCAAAUUGUGAAAGCAACAAGCAAAGAAUCUUAGAUGCUUUAAUCAGGGUGAGGAGGCAAAUUUCUGGGGUCCAACGCGUGCUUCUAGCUUCAAAGCGCAAACUGCAACUGUUGCAUAUUUCCAUUUCUACUCUAAUCUGGCGGUGCACUAGAACUAUAGCAUAAGUUGAUCGGACUAUUUCAGAAAGUUCAGUCCAAGUUUUUGUGCUUCAAGCUGCUCUUCUCCUGUCGAGGUGCUAACAAGAAAUCUUCAGUGAUGGGUUAGAUUAUUAUAUUUUCUGCUGCUCUCCUGGCCUUCGGCAGAGGAAUUCAUCAUGAGUCUUCCUCAAUUGGAAAUAUUUGCGAAAGAUGUUGAUGAAGCGAGAGAGGAGAUAUUUCGAGUUCUUCCGAUGAUGGACCGCAGUGUAAGGAUCAUCUAUUUUGAUGGUUGGGGUGGAUUUGGGGUGUCGGCAGUUCUGCGAUCUAUAGCGAAAGUGCUUCCGUCUGUGAGAACCGCUCCAGAACUAUGCUUUGACAGAAUAAUUCAUAUAGACUGCUCAGAGUGGAAAAGUGAAAGAACAAUGCAGAGAUUAAUUGCAGAGGAACUGAAACUUGACCACUCAGUGAUAUCCAUUCUAGACAAGCAAGAUGAAGAGGAUGAUUUUAGUGGAGUUGACGAAAGUUCAAGGAGUGUAAUAGAACGUGUUGGGCUAAUGAUUCAUCAAACCCUGAGGGGCAGCAAAUUUAUGAUGAUUUUUCUUAAUGGAAGUGAUGUCGAGUUUGACGUAGGAGCCUUUGGUCCCCCAUUCGCAAGAUUUGGUGACAACAUGAUGAUAUGGGCCUUCAAAAGAAGAUUCCUGACUAUGGAUCACUGGUGUUCCGAGAUAGCAGACAAGCUAAGAUACACUCACACUCUUUCUUGUGUCCACCCUAUGAUCACAGAACGACUAACAAGUUCAGGGUUUCAAGCAAUACUACGUGAAGAGGCUGCUGCCAUAGUUGCUCGGAGUCCAUGUAUGCUGUACAUCGACCCAACAAUGGUUGCAGAUUGUUGUCUCUAUCAGUUAUUCCUGCAUUGUAACUUCCACACCUUUCAAUGGGUUGCUCAUGCUUCCAACUGUUGGAUGUGUGAUGGGAUCAUACAAGGGGACAGAGCAAGGGAUAUCAGUAUUGCAUUGCAUGGAAAGUUAAAUUGGGAGCGUGGUGCUCCUUUGGUUAAUGGUGUGCUUAGGAAGUUCAUGAAACAUACGGAGCCUCCUUUUCUGAUACUUCAAGAUGAUGAUGUCUAUGAAGAAGGGCCAUACCGCUGGAUUUCAGUCACAUCGAGGAAUACGAAAUUACAUGGUUUGCAAACUAUACCUACAGCGGCAUCAUCUUUCUUCUUGGCAUUUGAAAGAUCGGAUUACCCAAUUCCGUUGCCACAUGGCUUGUUUGAGCAUUCCAACAACCUUGGUGUGUUAGUUCUCUGUUGUUGUGCCUUCAGUUUUGCAGCACCUCCUUUCCUGAAAAGCCAUCGCCUAAGAUUCCUUGGACUGGACUGUUGUAUAGAUGACCAAACUGGUGACGGAGAGGAUCAUACAGAGUGGGCAAGUUUGUAUAGCCUGUGGGUGCUACACCUUUCUUACACAGACUGGAAUGAAAUAUUAUCUGAAGAAAAGAUGGAUCUCAUGACUAAUAUCAAAGAGCUCAAUAUAGAGGGAACAAGGUGUUGGCAGUACACCGCUGACUUGCAAGGGCGGCUACCUAACCUUCAAAGGCUCCGAAUAAUCAAACCAACAUGUCAAUGGGAGACAUCCAGGGAUGUUGGCAACUCCUUUAUGGAUAAGGCAAGGAUAGAGAUACUUGAUUUAUCAGGUAACACUGAGAUGGAAGUUGUGCCAACAAGCCUAUCAAAGGCGAGUGGACUUCGAGUGCUUGUACUUGAUGGUUGUGAUGGGGUGGAAAACAUUGAUGGCCCUGGUGGGCUUCCUUCGUCCAUUGAGUCCUUCAGCUUUGAUGGUUAUGGCCCAGCUUUCGAAUGGACACCAAGCAUUGAACUACCUUUCAAACAUUCCUGUCCACCUACGACAACAGAAACAAAUAAUAGGGAUAUCAAAGUCUCCAAGAUCUCCUUAGCAGGGUGUAAACAGUUGAAAAAUCUGUUCCUGCGUGGGCUACCCAACCUCUUGGAGCUGGACCUCUCUGGAACUGCAAUCAAGAUACUAGACUUUGAAACUAUGGUGGUGCAAGUCCCAGGGCUCAAGCGGCUAUUUCUUAUUGGAUGUGAGCACCUUCGUGCAAUAAAUUUUCCAGGCAAGAGUGACUUUGAGAGAAAUCUGGACCUAGAGCUGCUGUACAUAGACACACGACCUGGAGCUGCGUGUCAUCGGUCAACUAUUGAAGAGAACAAUUCCUCCCAGUUGCAGGUGAAUGCUAUAAUAGCUGAUGCAAGGCUAGUCCGGUCAUUGCACUCUUUAAUAUAUUAUGGUAUGAAUAGCCCCAGAGAUGUUUGUUUUGAUAUCCAAGUCACCUCCUCACCUGUGUCUGUUGGGCCUGUUCAACCGGAAGCACCAUGCAGUGAUAAGAUUGGUCAUUCUGAAGAAGAGAGCCUGAAUCAGCUUGUUCCAGCACAUCGAUACAGCGAUGUCAGUAGCAUGAUUGGUGAUGCCUCACUCCCAAUGCAGGCUUUCCCGCCUCCGCCUAUGAAGUUGGAUCGGCAUGUUGAGAUCGCUGAAGGGAGCCAUUUCUUGGAGAGCGAGUUGGACAAAUAUCGAGGUCUAGGUGGCCUGAUGGAUUUAUACGCUGAAUCGCUGCACGUGCAUGAUGUCCCGGUAUGUGCUAUUGUGCCUCCUCCAUUUUGGGGGAACAAGCUUAGGCACUUCUGCGUUGAGAGGUGCUCCAAGGUGGACGCCGUCUUCCAAACGAGCCCGGACGGAUUGCUGAAGCUAGAGACUUUAUGGGUGUCGCAUCUCCUAAUGGCCCGUUGGAUCUGCAGUAAAGGCUACCACUUCACCGGUGGUACUUUCAGAAGUUUGCAGCACCUACAUGUGCGCUCCUGCCCCAGCCUCCAGUUUGUGCUCCCGGUGUGGUUCCCCUCCUUCCCUAGCUUGAAGACACUAUACAUUAUCCACUGCAGCAACCUCAAGCACAUCUUCACACUGGACAAUGAGUACCCAGAAGAAAUAGCCGUCCAGGGUGUACUAUUCCCAAAGCUGACCACCAUCCACCUUCAUGACCUACCGGAGCUGCAGCAGAUAUGCGAGUUCAAGAUGGUGGCUCCGGCAGUCAAGACCAUCGUGAUCAGAAGAUGCUGGAACCUGUGUCAUCCGCUGCCGGUUGUGGCCACCGAUGACAUAGAGAUCGAGAAGGAUGGCUGUGUCGAGGUGGAUGCUGGCCACCACCCUGACAGUUGGACGCCCCGAUACAAGAUGAAACUGCCCAGGGUCUCCGUCCUCAGGUGAAUUCUGCACCGAUGUGUUUCUUCCACCGUGACAUGGGACUUGGAUGGAUGGUUGUGCUCCUAUGGUUGAUGCUGCUGCUGCAUGCGCUUGGCCUUUUCGUGUGCUCUCGUGGAUAGCCACACACCUCUGGGUUUUUGGCCGGGUGUUCAAUUCGAACACGGAAGGAAAAGCUUCAGCCUUCAGGUGCGUGGGCUGUCACGCUGUCGAUCACCUUGAUCUUAUGGCUUUUGUGGCAUCUUGUUGUGUAGGUGUGAGCUUUUGGUGGCUCUCACUCGCCUUCGUGGCUCUGGAAUAAGAAGCUGUCUGGUAUGCGCUUGUGUCUACAUGCCCAGACCUUGGCAAUGUGUGCGUUUAUGUGUGGCUUUGCUGCUGAGGUGGCUUGCAUCGCAUCCACAUGGCCGCGCACAUGCUUGUGUGGAUUGAUGUGUGUUUGCAAUGGGUUUGAAACACAGCAGCCUGUAUCUAUGUGGCUGCAGUGUGAGUGAGGUUGAUCCUCGUACGACAGUUUGCAAUGUAUUUGAACUAAGAAGCAUCUGGUUUUGUGCUUCCAUCGCUCAUCUAACUUUGGCUGUGUAUUUGUUGUGUAUGCAUUUGAAAUAAACAGA